AUGAAACCCCCAUCCCUGCCACUGUCAAAAACGAGAAAACUGGCCGGAACUUCUGUGAAAUUUCUGGCGCUGUUUCCUGCCACUAUUUUUGUCGAUCCAGGGAAUGAGGGUGGGUUGUGGUUUAUGUCAGUUUGGAGUGUUAUUAGCACUGCCCUAUGUAACUCCUCGACUUUUGAACAUUGGAUUGGAUACAUGGUGAUAUGGGAUACUUGGAUAUGUCGAAACCCGGACACCCUUGAUGGGGUGUUUCGUAGACCCUUAGCGGGGUUAGACUGUGAGCGUAAGACUUGUCACAGGCAUAUGAGUAUUGAGGAUUCUAUUGUAUGUGCUGGUGAGCCCAGUCCACCAGUUGGACAGCUCGUUCCUUAG